ACCAACGCGACUGUCAAUCACACCACAUCAACGCACAACCACAAUGGCAAUGCUCAGAACACUACCUGCAACCGCUCCUGCUAUGCCACACAUGGACUUUCCACUUGCACCACGAACAUUGUCUCGGAAACAGAGAUUGAUUGCUCUGGUCUCUCUGCCCAUCCCCGACUGUGCUUCGACAGAAUGGAAGUACGAAUACUACAAGAUCGUUCGGAUGCUACGAGAGUUACUUGAGAACUGGCCCCUCUCACCGCAAGGAAACUGGAAGCAAGUCACAAUCGAAGAAGCAUUGAAGACGCUCCACGCCAUCGAAGAUCCAACAGAAUCUCCAGCCGCAGCUUCGAGAACAGACCACGUCAGAUGGGCGGACGUCAUGGUACGCCGAAUCGUGGUUGAGGCACUCUGGGAAGACGGCACGACUGUAUCAUUCUACGACUGUCAAGACGCACUCAAGCUCGGCCGGAGUCGAGCUGCUGCCAUGAGGCUCUUCUCUCAAGCACAGUCAUCCUGGACCCGAAUCACACAAACGAGCGUUGGCACAGAAUUCAGGUUAUCUUAGACGAUAUGAAGCCUUGUUUGAGACGACUAUUCGGAUUUUUCUGCAUGCGUAUAGCGAGGAGUUGGGGGGCCAUCUGAAAGGGGCCAGACGGGAACCUGAAUUUAAUGAUACCAUGACACAGUAAGGAAUGCAUGAACGGUUCGCAACAACCUUGAAAGUUGGAGCUUUUACUAUCGAUUCGAAGAUCUUGGGAUCUGGUCUACUUCUCUGUAUAGCAUACCUGCCAUGAGCAGAAUUGAGACCAUCAGCGCAGAGCGCUUUCACCAACACAUUCUCUCACG